CGGCGAGCUCCUCACUUGGCUCUCGCUCUCCGUCGGGGAAGCAUGGGGCUUCCCAGGCUGCGCCUGCUCUGCGCCUUCUUGCUCACUGCCUGCUGUUGUUGUCGCCGCGCCACGGGUGUGCCAGGAGAGGAUGAGCAGCCGGACCACACACCAGACGUGGUGGAGGUAGACGUGGGCAGCACAGCCCUUCUCAGGUGCAGCCCCUCACAUUCCUCAGGCAACUUCAGCCGCGUGGACUGGUUUUUGAUUCAUAGGAAGCAGCAGAUACCCAUUUUUCGUGUGCGCCAGGGCCAGGGCCAGAGUGAACCUGGGGAAUAUGAGCACCGCCUUAGCCUCCAGGAUUCAGGGGCUACUCUGGCCCUGAGCCAAGUCACUCCCUACGACACGAGAAUCUUCCUGUGUAAGAGCAGUCGGCCACGGCUCCCGGAUCACUAUGUCAAACUUCAAGUCUACAAAGCUCCAGAGGAGCCAACCAUUCAGGCCAAUGCUGUGGGCAUCCACGUGGACAGGCAAGAGCUUAGGGAGGUUGCUACCUGUGUGGGGAGGAAUGGAUUCCCCAUCCCUCAAGUCAUCUGGUACAAGAAUGGUCGUCCCCUGCAGGAGGAGGAGAACCGCGUCCACAUCCAGACGUCACAGAUUGUAGAGUCCAGUGGCUUGUACACCUUGCAGAGUGUCCUGAAUGCACAGCUAGCGAAGGAGGACAGAGACGCCCAGUUUUACUGUGAGCUCAGCUACCGGCUGCCCAGUGGGAACCACAUGAAGGAGUCUAAGGAGGUCACUGUGCCUGUGUUUUACCCCGCAGAAAAAGUGUGGGUGGAGGUAGAGCCCGUGGGACCGCUGAAGGAAGGGGAUCAUGUGAAAAUCAAAUGUCAGACUGAUGGCAACCCUCAACCCCCUUUUACUGUCAACAAGCAGAACUCCAACACUGGGGAGAUGGAGGAGGAGAUCACCGAUGAAAAUGGGAUCCUAUCCUUGGCGCCUGCACACAAGCACCAUAGUGGGCUCUAUCAGUGUCAGAGCCUGGACUUGGACACUUCAGUCACACUGUCAAGUGACCUCCAGGAGCUGCUAGUGAACUAUGUGUCUGAUGUUCGAGUGAAUCCCAUCGCCCCGGAAGCCCGAGAAGGUGAUAGCCUCACACUGACCUGUGAGGCAGAGAGUAACAAGGAUCUUGAGUUUGAGUGGCUGAGAGACAAGACAGGUCAGCUGCUGGGAAGGGGCCCCGUCCUCCAGCUGAACAACUUGAAACGGGAAGAAAGGGGACAAUACCUCUGCAUGGCCUCUGUGCCCAGCGUUCCAGGCUUGAAUCGAACACAGCUGGUCAGCGUGGGCAUUCUUGGGCCCCCAUGGAUGGCAUUAAAGGAGAGGAAGGUGUGGGUGCAAGAGAAUGCAGCGUUGAAUCUGUCUUGUGAGGCCUCAGGAGAUCCUCAACCCACCAUCUCCUGGAAUGUCAACGCUUCAGCAACUGAAUGGAACCCAGAUCCACAGACCGUAGUGAGCACCCUGAAUGUCUUCGUGACCCGGGAGCUGCUGGAGACAGGUGUAGAAUGUACAGCCUCCAACUCCCUGGGCUCCAAUAGCACCACCAUCAUCCUGAAGCUGGUCUCUUUAACCACCCUUACACCUGACUUCAGCCAGACCACUGGCCUCAGCACCUCCACAGUCAGUCCUCACACCAGAGCCAACAGCACCUCCACAGAGAAAAAGCUGCCACAGCCAGAGAGCAAAGGUGUGGUCAUUGUGGCUGUGAUCGUGUGCAUCCUGGUCCUUGCCGUACUGGGCGCUGCCCUCUAUUUCUUCUACAAGAAGGGCAAAUUGCCAUGUGGACGCUCAGGAAAACAGGAGAUCACGCUGCCCCCGCCUCGUAAGAGUGAAUUUGUAGUUGAAGUUAAGUCAGAUAAGCUCCCAGAAGAGAUGGCUCUCCUUCAGGGCAGCAACGGUGACAAGAGGGCUCCAGGAGACCAGGGAGAGAAGUACAUCGAUCUGAGGCACUGAGGCACGAGCUGACUCACCGGCGUGUCUGGCUUCCUGCUCAGUCUUCACCCCAAGCUUAAAGCCUCCAGAGGGACAGCAGGGAAGAGCCUCACUCAGCUCCCCUGCAGACCAGGUCCAGAGGGCUAAGAGCUGGGACAAGAGCCAUCCGGAGGAUCUUACUUGGCCACGUAGGCCUGGAUUUAGAGACCAAGUCCUCCUCUGUGUCCACUGAGUGACGCUUAUCCCAGGGUCGUCUUUCCACCUUACACAGCCAGUGGUUGCAGAUCCAU